AUGAGGCUCACUAUCUUCUUCCCGCUGGCUGCUUUCCUGUCAUUGACUGUGGCUGAAUCUUCGGGUGAUGCCAGUCCCUGCCUCGUACGCUGUCCCUAUCUGAGUACUCGUUGUCUCCGCGAAUCCGCUGCUGUGGCAGGAUGUAUCUCCUCCAUUGAUUACAAGUGCACUUGCCCAAGCAAAGCGUUCAAGGAUACCCUCGGUACCUGUUUACAGGUUUCUUGUUCUCCAGAUGACUUGAUAGUCGCCGGAGAAUUGCACAAGGAACGUUGUGGUGAGGAGCCGCCUCAGUAA